AUGUGGGUGACUCAAGCGGGGCGCACCGCGAUGCGGUGUGUGCCUGCGGCGUACGGAGCACGGAUUAACACCUCCAGGGCAUACCAGACGAUCUCGACACCCAACGCACCUAGCGCUAUUGGCCCGUACUCGCAGGCGGUCGUGUACAACGGCACGGCCUACGUGUCGGGGUGCAUCCCGUUCGAUCCGCAGACCAUGCAGUGCGUCGAGGGCGGUAUCGAGGCGCAGGCGGAGCGUGCCAUCCAGAACCUGCUGAAUGUCGUCACGGCUGCGGGCUCGGACAAGAGUCGCAUCCUGAAGACGACUGUGUUCAUGAAGGACAUGAACGACUUUGCCAAGGUCAACGUACGUAUACUUGUGCUUAUCCAGGCUAUCUACGAAAAGGCAUUCGCGCCCCACAAGCCGGCGCGCUCGGCCGUCGAGGUAGCACGCCUGCCCCGCGACGUGCUCGUAGAGCUCGAGUGCAUUGCGGCCGUGCCGCAGGCGUGA